CCGCUGGGGCCUCGCCGGGGCGGGGGUCGCCGUGCGGGGGCGUGCGCCGGUGGUCCGCGCGCGGAGCAUGGUGGGAGUUGCUACUGCUUGCCGCAAGCGCCGUGCACCCCGUGGACAUGGAGCUGCUCCGCGAGCGCAUGGGACGGCGUCUGAGGCAAAACCUGACCGACCCCACGUUGCGGUCGGCGUUUGCUGAGGGCGGGGCUCCUGCCUCGCGCGCCACGGCAGCGGCAUCGAAGCUGGGCGCCGCUGCGGGCGCUGCCAGCACCAGCGGGGGUCGGCUGGCCGAAGGUCGUGGCGGCGGCGGCGGCGCCAGCGCAGCCCCUGGCGCAGCCCCCGGCGCAGCCCCGAGCGCGGCCAGGGCGGCGCUCCGGGAGGUAGCUGCGGCGGAAGCCCUGGCCGCGGGGUCGGCGGGGCCUCGGAGCUCUCCGGCGCUGCAGCAGAGGCGGCACGCGAGCCACGCGGCGCCGAUGGAGACGCCCAGGCGCGCGCUGAGCGGCGUGCUCGGCGGGCUCGGCGAGGGGUCGCCUCUGAUGUCCGCGUCGUGCAGCGCCAGGAGGAGCCCCAGGAGCGACCUGGACAAGCCGGGCGAGUUCUACACCCACAAGUGGCCCCAGCAGGCCGACACGCCAGGCAGGACCAGCGCGCGCGCGCGGCCUAUGAAGGUCGCCACCAUCAACCAGGAGCCGAUUUCCCUCCGCGGCGGCGGCCGCCUCCGGCGCACGGGCGAGGACGAGGACGACGAGGAUCCGAUGAGGAGGAGCCGGAGGUGCCGCCGCU